AUGGAAGCCUAUGAAUUGGUAGUCUCUAAAGCGGUGGAGGAUGGAGUGAUCCCCGGAGCAAUCUUUCUUGCAAAUGAUAUUGCAGGUAAAUUGAGAUACUCAAAAGCAGUAUCUGGGCUGGACUCAACAUAUACAGACGAAACCGUCCUUGAAGUUGCAUCUUUGACAAAGCUUAUCACCACUAUUGCUGCCUUGCAGCUUGUGGAAAGAGGCCUCAUCCGCCUGGAAGAUGAUGUCUCACAUCUUAUCCCGGAGUUUAGCAAAAGAGGUGUCUUGGACAGCGAUGUCAAUGAUGAUGGUUCCUAUGCAUCUCACCCCCGCCACAAUGCAAUAACUCUGCACCGCCUACUCACUCACUCUGCCGGGGGAGCUUAUACAUUCACCGAUGACCGGAUUGCUAAACUCGUUGACGUUUCACCUGGAUAUAUGUCGAAUGGGACGAUUAACUCUAACUUUGACUUUCCGCUGUCAUAUGAGCCCGGUGAAGGGUGGCGAUACAGCAACAGUCUCGACAAAGUUGGUCAGAUCAUUGAGAAACUGACUAAACUGACGCUGGAAAAUUAUUUCAAGCAAUACAUCUUUCAUCCUCUCGGAAUCUCUAGUGCGUCAUUUUGGGGCGGAAAACCUCCCCCCAUGGCAGUAAGAGAACAUGGAAACACACGCACAGUCCCUGAUCCGGAAGCGACAAGCUUCACAACGGGGCUCAAGGAAUGCUUUGGUGGGCAAGGACUGUUCAUCAAUCUACCCGACUAUAUGAAAAUUCUCCGAUCUCUCCUCCUGGAUGACGAGGCAUUACUCAAACGUAAGACAACUGCUCUCAUGUUCAAGCCGUCUUUAUCGCCAGCUUCGAAGGUAGCAUUGAUUCAAGAACUAGAAUCAGCUACUUGGACUGUUGGCGAUAUACCAAAGACGAAAGAGUACGACUGGGGUCUAGGUGGAUUGCUUAUUGACGGCGAUUCACACCCAUAUCGCCGUCGGAAUACUCUUUUGUGGAGUGGCGCACCAAGCGUCUUUUGGUUCAUCGAUCGAAAUGCCGGUGUUUGUGGGGUGUUUGGAACUCAAGUUUUGCCGCCAUCUGAUCCUAUUGUAUUACCUGUUAUUAAGGCAUUCGAGGAGGCUGUUUACAUUGAGAAAGGCUUGUUGUAG